AUGGUUGGGCCGAGUCAGCCUACUAGCCUUAAUUCUAGCCCUGAAUUUUGGUAUAUGGCCCAAACCCAACCAAUGAUCAGUAUAGAUAGCUCUGUUUGUGAAAAUAUAAAGCGGGUUUCUGCGUUUUUUUCAUUAGCUACCCAGUUCUUGUCAAGAGGAAUCCCAUUUAUUUUCAAUUCUUGGAUCGUCAGGCACCUUACAGCGGAGGACUAUGCGUUAUAUGCAGUGCAAUUUCAUCUAUUUGUGACAUGUGUGUUGUUUCUUAGUCGAGAAGGAUUCCGGCGGGCCUGCUUGAGGGCUGACAUUAAAUGUGAUGAUGCGCCAAUUGAGGAAUAUGCAGCAAAGUUAUUAAAAAUAGCUUGGAUGACACUCCCUCUUGGAAUAGUUACUACGAUUGCAGCAUGUGUUUUUGUUUUCUGGUGGCAAGGAUUAACUUAUUCUGAUCCAUAUGCACAAGCCAUCUUGAUCAAUGGUAAGAUGCUGUAA